GGUCUUACACCAAAUAKAUGCUAUUUCGCGAACCACMGAACUACUCUAAUUGGCACAGGAAACCAGGAAACUCUUAAGACACUCUAAACAGCCCAUCAACAUUACCAUCAGUUGAAAAAAUGACAACAGAGGGAGAAAAGAUUGAAGUACCAGUGAAGGCCAAUGAAGSCACYGGUGAUCCCAUGGCCUAUGCGAGUUCAUAUGACUCWGAGGAGUUUAAACGAUCUUUCGCAUCGAACUACGARUUGAAAAAGAAGCCYAAGGUUCUCUUUGCCAUGGCCCUUGGAUUCCCCGAGUUUGACGGCAUACUUGAUCGCCCUCCUAUUUCGACCAUCAAGAGAAAGGAGCUGAACGACCAGUACAUCCCCAAGGCCGAAGACUACAAGAACGAAAUCAAGAGAAGAGCACACUACUUCAUGAACGAUGUCGAGGAAUCCAACUACUACACSGAUCAGCUCAAGAGACCCCAUCCUCUCAAGACCAAACGCAGCAGUAUUGUGUUGCCCCAGCCAAACCAGUGGUUGAACACGCAGCUCAAGAAAUGGUUGACAGAGCGCCCUCUGAACCCGAACGAUAACGAUGUCAAAUUCCUUCGCUAUCAGAUUAAGCGAGCCCUGGACUUCCUCACAUCGGAUGUCACGAACACCGUCAACGGCCAAGAUGUUCUCCAGGAGUUUCCCGUCCUUCCGACGCCCGCAGAUGCACCGCUCGACGGUCCCGCCAUCACCGGAGGAAUUGGGGAUGGAGAAGCCAAGGUAUCUAUUCCUAUUACCCAGACAAUCAUGGCGAGCAACCCGCACUCGUCCUCCAACGUCUCGCUCAGCCUCGGUGAAAUCCAAACCGAAGGAUUUAUCUACKCAACGGAGCACGAUUCGGCCGAUUACAAGCUUUCUGCGGCAGAUACCUUCUUACUCAAGGGCAAGCAGCCGCGCAUUCUGUUCGCAAUGGCACACGGAAUCCCAGAACUCCAGUCGAUGAUCGAAAAGGUGACUCAGAAUCUCGUGAAGCGAAAGGAGGUCACGGAAGAGUUCAUGCCCCGUGCAGAAGACUUUCGUUACGAAAUCAAGCGCAGAGCCAACUACUUCAUGAACAUGGAAGAACAGAAGAAUUACUACCUUCAAGACCUGGAGUUGAAGAAUCCACUUGAAAACAUGAGGGGCAUCGUCACUCUGCCCCAACCUGCGCAGUGGAAGGUCCACGCACUCAAGCAAUGGCUUGCCGAACGUCCGCUUAAGCCAGAUGAACGCGACAUGAAAUUUCUCAAUACUUCUAUCAAGCAAUGCACGAAGGCUCUGACCGAAGCCGUCAUGAAGGAYCCCACAUUGACGCAGCACRGUGUGAAACGCAGUGCGAGCAUGAUGCUGUCCACCGAUCUGUCCUCGGCACUCGAAGGAGGUUUAACGGGUGGUCCUCUGAUGCAGGUACUCGCCAAACAAGACGCUAUUCUCGGGGCCGUAAAGAAGCAAAACCAACAGCAAAGUAUUUUGAACAAGAUCACUGUUCUGACACAAAGCAUCAUGGGAUAUAACCAAGAGAUUUCGAUCAAGCAAAGUACCCACAGCGAAAUCCAAAACCGCAUCCUCACUGUCCAGAUGAAGAUUGCCGAAAAUCCCUCAGCUGAGGAGGCGCUGAAAAAGAUCAUGUCUACGCACGAAGAAAAUAAGACCGAAGUCGAAUCACAGAUCAAGCAACUCGAAGAGAAGAUCGCCGAAGUCCGGGGACAAAUCGAUACUCACAACGAAGAGUUGAAGGCUAUMGACUCCGAGGAGCCUGCUGUACCAGAAGUGGAAACUCCRGUAGAAGAGACCGUUGAGUUUGAACCAYCGAAGAAAAAGAUGAAGCUGGACCACGAAUCAGCAGAACCAAUGGAGGCAGCUGCAGAGAAUCCRCCAGCGGUGGAGCAAACCGCUGCACAACAAGUCGAAGUUUAAAGGAAGAUAAUAGGGGCAUCUCAGGAAUAAACUUAUAGUAAAGCG